AUGGCGUAUGACCGCUACAUUGCCAUCUGCAAUCCACUGCACUAUGAGACUGUGAUGAACAAGAAAGCAUGCGUCCAACUGGUACCAAAUACCUACACAAUGUUCAACCAAUCAUCAGGACUGAUGGAAUUCAUUUUGCAUGCAUUCUCUGAUACUCAGGAGAUGGAGACAUUCCGUUUCAUUGCUUUUCUGCUUAUUUAUUUGUUGGCUCUCAUUGAAAACCUUCUCAUCAUCACAGUCAUCUCUUGCAGUCCUCAGCUUCACAAACCCAUGUACUUCUUUUUGGCCAAUCUUGCAUUCCAAGACAUUGGCUCAAUAUCUGUCACAGUCCCCAAAUCCUUGUCAAAUUCCCUGAUGAACACCAAGACUAUUUCAUACAGUGGAUGCAUCUGCCAGGUUUUCUUUCUCAUUCUUUUUAUUGGAUCUCACUUGUUCAUCCUUGGUAUUAUGGCAUAUGACCGCUACAUUGCCAUCUGCUGUCCACUGCACUAUGAGACUAUCAUGAAUAGAAAGACAUGCGUCCAACUGGCAAUCUGUGCAUGGGUUGGUGGGCUUCUGUAUUCUACAAUAUACACUGGAAGCACAUUCACACUUGAGUUCUGUUCCAAUGAAAUCAACCAGUUCUUCUGUGAAAUCCCACAGUUAUUUAAAAUUGCUUGUUCUGAUUCAUAUCUCAUCGCAUUUCGGGUUAUUUGUGUUGGUAUAUUUCUAGCCAUUACUUAUGUUGCUCUGAUAGUUUAUUCUUAUGUUCAGAUCUUCAGGGCAGUUCUAAGAAUUCCUUCUGCCCAGGGGAAGGAAAAAGCCUUUUCAACUUGCUUGCCACAUCUUAUUGUAAUAUCCUUAUUUCUUGCCAGUGGUUCAUUUGCCUAUCUAAAGCCAACUUCUGGGUCCCCAUCAGUCAUGGAUCUUGUGCUUUCUAUGUUCUAUUGCAUGUUUCCUCCAGUUAUGAACCCAAUAAUCUAUAGUAUACGGAAUAGGCAACUGAAAUCAGCAUUGUGGAAGAUGACGGCAAAUCUAUUCACCCUAUUCUCCCCCAAUUUGCAACGUCUACAGCAUUGA